CACACACAGAUCAGAUCAUCACCUCAAGAACUUCAAUAUUUUAAGAUCAAGUAUGGCUUCUUUAGUAAACAAACGCCUUCUGAUUGUGGUUUUCUUCAUCCUCUGCUUCAUCUCGCUCCAAGCUAGAGCACGAUCGUUGAAAGAGAAAGAGACAAUUAAUAGUACUGGUCACGAACAACAAGAGGGACAUGAUCAUCAUCAAACAGUGCUUAAGCCAAAAGCAAACAAUAAUAAUGAGGCUAAUAAUGCAGAGGGUGAAGUGUUCUCAAUGGAUUAUACACCAGCCUCAAGGAAGCCUCCAAUCCACAACUGAUUUAUAUAUAUAUAUAUAUAUACAUAUAUGUAUACAGUUUUGUGGUAUAUGUAGACAAGUUUUAUAAUGUUAGUUUUUAACAAUCUAAUGAAUUUCCACCAAACUAUAGUCUGAUUUCUCAGAUUUUCCCGUGUAGAAGACUGUAAUUUACUAGAGCGAUUGUACUAGCUUGCCUGUGAUAUAAAGUUUUGGUGUAUAUACAA